AUGCGUAGUUCACAUCUGUGGUUCGACCUCUGCAGUCGACAGAUCCCGGGCUUCACUGAUUUCACCACAGCGUUUGUAUCGACGCCGGCGUUGGUCCGUGCUGGUUCCCGGGCUCUGUUCAGACCCAUCUCUGCUUCGGUGCUGUCUCGGCCAGAUGUCCAAACAGAGAAGAGUGCAGUUGUGAUGCCACAGAGCGUGGUGUCCCAGAUGACUCUGAGGAGCUUCCAGACCAGUGCUGUGAGCCGGGACAUCGACACUGCUGCCAAGUUCAUUGGUGCUGGAGCUGCCACAGUCGGAGUAGCUGGAUCUGGAGCUGGUAUCGGCACAGUUUUCGGCAGUCUCAUUAUUGGCUAUGCUAGGAACCCAUCUUUGAAGCAGCAGCUUUUCUCUUAUGCCAUCCUGGGGUUUGCCUUGUCUGAAGCUAUGGGACUCUUCUGCUUGAUGGUUGCUUUCCUUAUCCUGUUUGCCAUGUAA